UUCCUUCUUUGGGAUUGGUUCAUGGCACUCAGGCCUCCGCCUCCUCCGGCUACGCCCCUCGCGGCUGCUUUUCCCGCCUCCGCCGGGGUAGAACCGUGGUCCGGGUGACAGUUGAGGAUGGCUGGAGCUGAGGGGUCUGCUGGGCGGCACUCGGAGCUGGAGCCAGUGGUAUCGUUGGUCGAUGUACUUGAGGAGGACGAAGAGCUGGAGAAUGAGGCAUGUGCCGUCCUGGGCGGCAGCGACUCCGAGAAGUGCUCCUACUCGCAGGGCUCGGUAAAGAGACAAGCACUAUAUGCCUGUAGUACCUGCACCCCAGAGGGAGAAGAACCAGCAGGAAUUUGUCUAGCUUGCAGUUAUGAAUGUCAUGGAAGUCAUAAGCUAUUUGAGCUCUACACAAAAAGAAAUUUUCGUUGUGACUGUGGAAACAGCAAGUUUAAAAAUUUGGAAUGCAAAUUAUUUCCUGACAAAGCAAAGGUAAAUUCUGGUAAUAAAUACAAUGAGAACUUUUUUGGAUUGUAUUGCGUUUGCAAGAGACCCUAUCCUGAUCCUGAAGAUGAGAUUCCAGAUGAGAUGAUCCAGUGUGUAGUCUGUGAAGACUGGUUCCAUGGAAGGCAUCUUGGUGCCACUCCCCCCGAGAGUGGGGAUUUCCAGGAGAUGGUGUGCCAGGCUUGUAUGAAACGUUGUUCUUUCUUGUGGGCCUAUGCUGCACAAUGGGCAGUAACCAAGAUAUCUGCUGAGGAUGAUGCUUUGGUACGGAAUGUUGAUGGAAUAGGUGAUCAGGAUGUUACCAAAGCUGAAAAUGGAAAUCAUCAGGAUGGUACCCUCAAAGAGGAUGUUCCAGAACAUGGAAAGGAUGCCAUAAAGGAAGUUAAAGCAGAGCAGAAUAAUGAACCAUGUACUAGCUCUAGUUCUGAAUCUGAUCUCCAGACAGUGUUUAAGAAUCAAAGCCUCAACACGGAGUCACAAUCAGGCUGCAAACUUUUGGAGCUUAAGGCUAAGCAGUUCAUAAAGAAAGACACUGCCACCUACUGGCCCCUGAACUGGCGUAGCAAGUUAUGUACCUGCCAAGACUGUAUGAAAAUGUAUGGAGAUCUAGAUGUCCUGUUCCUGACAGAUGAAUAUGACACAGUUCUGGCUUAUGAAAACAAAGGCAAGAUUGACCAGGCAACUGAUAGGAGGGACCCUUUAAUGGAUACCCUUAACAGCAUGAAUAGAGUCCAGCAAGUUGAACUUAUUUGUGAAUACAAUGACUUGAAGACUGAACUUAAAGACUAUCUCAAGAGAUUUGCUGAUGAAGGCACGGUUGUUAAGAGAGAGGACAUUCAGCAGUUCUUUGAAGAAUUUCAGUCAAAAAAGAGAAGAAGAGUGGAUGGGGUGCAGUAUUACUGCAGCUAGAGUGGAGUGUGAAGCCUCCUCCCUCAGGCUAAUGAAAAUGCCACUUCCUAGUCUAGGAAUAAAAGAGGCGUAUUUCGUAUUCGGUCCCCUCUCCGUCCUCCUCUCUUUGGAGAGGCCGCCUCCUCUGGCCUCCAGCUUCCUUCCUUCUCCUUAACCAUAGUCGCCACAGUGUCCAUGCUGAUUUCACACCCGGCAUUCUUUACGACCCAGCUACAUGCAACUCAUUCCCCAGACUUCAGCCCCCCACCCCAGUACACACAGGGUUAUUUGCUUAUAUAUUUUCAGAUGUUUGAUUUGAGAAAGCAAAUUGAUUUUUUUUUUUAAUGAUUUGUUCUUUAACUCCCAAAUAUGUGUGCUUUGCCACAGAGCUGUGGCCGGCCAGGCCCUCCUCUGUAGGCAUCACAAAAGGUACUCUUCCUGUCAGCUAGAACUCCGCAGGUCCCUCACCCCUGUGGUCGUGGUGCCUUGGCUCAGAGCUUCCUCAGGCCCGUCUGCUCCUCCCACGUGCCUGCUCUCUGCGGUUUGGUCAUGUCUUAGAAGGGAUCUUGGAACUUGGUUUCUCUGGGCCCACGUCCAGAGCAGCCAAGACUGAUGGUUUUCUAGCCUGAUGUCUCUCACAGGCAGGGAGAUUGGCUGAUGACAGGGUUGAGGAAGCAAACCUUUGUUACGAAUUUUACUAAUAAAUUUAAAGUGAAAUUUUCACUCAUGAUUCUACUGGCACUAGAAUACUAGAAUUUCAGUACUGUAGCGCUCCCAGGGCUUCCUGGAGAAAAUCUGCCAGUAUACUAGUCCCUUUUCUGCUGCCUAGAAAACAGACCGGGUAUCACCCCUGUGAAAUCUUGGUAGUUUACGAAGUCCUCUGGAUUUCUUUAUAUUAUCAGGGAUAUUCAUAAGCAUAUAUUAAAAAUGGACCUAUUUUGAUAUUGUUCUAUUAUGAAAAUGUUAUUAGAACCCCAGUAGAUUAUUAUUUUUUCCCCUUGAAUCUGUGCUGAAGAAAAAAAGAUACUGACUUAGCUUACUUGAUGAGCAGGGCAGUGACGGCCCUGUCUUGGAGGAGACAGAUUCUGUGGGAGGAAAUUCCAAGCAAGGCCCGAGGCUGCACGAGUGAGGUUAUGUGUGUCGGUGUUACUGUCCACAGCUGGUCCCUAGUGACCAUGACAUCUUCUUUUGAAGAUCCUCAUGAAGUGUUGUAUAAAACCCCAUAUCUGAGGGGAAGUCCUUUCAGUUGAUCUGAAAUCUCUUUAAAACCCCAGUCUAUGUGGAAAACACCUUUUGAUAAAUAUAGAGCCCUCCAGUCGCUCUUUCCCUCGGGAGGAACAAGGUCUUUCCUGACAGUAGGUGACAUAUUUGAGGUGUGUUACCAAAAGCAUUUCAGGCUUUGGAGCCACACAUGUAUGUUACUAUUCCUUUUGUGUCCAGCAGUCGCGUAUCCGAGUGCCCACCAAUCCCUAGACAAGCUGAACUUGGCCUAUAAAAGUCAAGGCCUCAGAGAAAUGGUACAGCCCAUGUGUUUUGGCAUUCAGCCUCUUUGAGAGCCUCGUGAAUUGUGGGGUGUGGCGCUGGAAGGGCUCGUGGCUGCGGGAGAUGCCCGUGUGCCCCGAGCCAGCCUUGUGGGGAGGGGCCGGUUAAAAGGCUCAGGGUGUCUUUGAGGCUGUUUACAGUCAGCAGCUUGGGGACGCUUCCAAGUCCGAGGGUGUGUUGAACCCCCUCUGCAGGGCUGCACUGUUCCUGUACCAUCAGCCCUGAAAGUUUAUAUCUUCUCCAAUGUCUGAUUUAACUACCAGAAAGUUCCUCACUUUCCUAUCACAGGUCAGGACCAAGUCUCAGAGGUGAUGUGUUACGUGCAGCACAAUAGUCCCGAUUACCCCAGUGCUGAAGGGCUCGUUUUAUGAAAGGUACUGUUCCUUCUUUCACAUUAACCAGAAAACCUCUUUUUUACCUGUUGUUCACAACUAGUUUUCUUAUGACUAUGUUGGACCGUCUCUGCUUGUAGAGACUGAUUUUGGCCAACAUGUGGCAGUUAAUAUUAAUGCAUGUUUUAUGCAAAACAAAAAUAUGAUGUUAGUUGCUUGUAAGGAAUUCUGGCAUUGUAUGUGCAUUUUUGUAGAAAUUGUUACUGGACUUAUGAUUACAUACUUAACUCCAAUCAGGUUUCUGUAAAAUUUGAAUAAAACCAAUUGAAAAUA